AUGUCAACAUUCACUACUAUCCAGCAUGCUUUUGAGAUUGCUCAAAAAACUCUUCAGCAGCAUCUUUGCAUGUGGCCAAAGUGUAAUAUGAAACUGAACUGCUGGCACACUUUGGCAAAACAUACAAGCAAUCACUGCAAUGCUGUGACACAGCAGAUUUUCAUUACAUGCUUUUGGCCUCAAUGCCAGACUACCAAUAUACAAAACAAAGAGCAGCUGUACACACAUCUGUAUGAAUACCAUUUGGCUGCCUUAAAUCUUUGCUGCCCUGUUGUAGGAUGCAGAAUGCAGAGCAUGCAAAAAGAUAUGCUUAUGCAUCUGCAGGUUGCACAUGGUCAAGGUGUUCUAGUCCAUGCAGAAGCAAUGCAGUCAACAAACAGGCCUAUAUCUCCCACACCUGCAACCUUACCUGCAUUGCCAGACAUGAGUUUGCCUCAAUGUGGAUCCAGCAUAGCUAUAACCUCUCAUCAAGUGAGAGCGCAGAAAGAGCUGGCUCCUUUGCUUUCACUACCACAUCAGAACUCUGGCUAUAAUAUUGAAACAGAUAUUCAGUUUGCAGACCUUAAUUCAGUUGCUGUCACAAAAAGGCUACUAGAACAGUCUGACAUGCCAUGUCUCAAUCAGAUGGUGAUGUUGCCAAUUCCUGCCAGGAGCUUGCAGCUUUCACAGCCUGAAGAAGGUUUAUCUGCAGGCACCAAGCCUCUAACAGCCAAAUCUAUAUUUCAUCAAAAGCCAAUCUCUCCAUUUGCCGGGUUUGAAGCCUUCAAGUACCACUUCAACACUGAGAAGAUGUUUGGAUUGCUUGACUCCUCUGGCCAGUUUUCCAGCCCAAAAUAG